AUGGGGAGCUCCCAAGGGGAGAAGAAGAAGAAGCCACAAGGGAAGGGGAAGGUGAUGGAGCUGGAGGAGGCAGAUGACAAGCAGGAGGUAGGAGGAGAGGAGGAGGAACUGGCAAUGCUGCAUGAGGGCCCCUCAGGGGCAGGGGGCCCUUUGCAGUGGGCAGAGUGGGAGCAGGAAUGGCAGCUGCAGGCAGAAGUGCAUGAGAUGGCUGCACUAGCCUUCAAGAGGAUGGCAGCAGCAGCAGAGUGGAUGGCAGAGGCCACAGAAUUCCCUCAGGAUGACCCUAGGCAGAUUCAUCAACUUGCCUACAGCCACUUGCUUCUUAGCAGGGAGAAGUUUCACUCCCCACACCAUGCCUGGGCAGAGUGGGCAGAGAUGAGGAGGAGGGAGGACAUGCACAAGGCCAGGGUGGCCAAGUUCAACUGCACUGGAGGAGGGUGGAAGAGGUUGGAGAAUGAGGACAUGGAGGACAUGAUCAAAGUGGCAGAUGAAGGUGUGGAGGGGGACAACAAGGAAGAGGAGGAAGUCAGAGGAGAGCAGGGAGGUGGUGAAGGGCAGGAGUGUGGAGAAGACAAGGAAGGCAGGGAACAGGCAAUGGAGGAGUAA